AUGGCAGCCGCCCUCUUGGCCAUGGAAGACUUUAAUACUCGGAACAAUCGCAUUGUCAAGGAAAUGGAAUCGCUGACACAAAAUUGUACCGUUCAAUUUGACCUCAGUCAAAGCAUGUUUGUGGAUACCAGCGCCUUGGCACAUUCGGGGUACACUAUGGUCAUGGAUCAAGUCAAACGAGGGGAAGCCUUUCCCUGUGCCUUUGCGGGACCCUACUUUGACCUUCCCGCACAAAGCAUUGCGUCCAUGGCCGCCGCCUUAACGAUACCUCACAAUCCCCAUCGUGGCUACAACUACAGAUUAAGUGAUUCCAUGUACAGCCCCUUCACCAGCAUGGUCUUUCCAGACAUGGCCAUCAUGGCCCAUGCUUUGGGCAAGUAUCUACUUCAUGUGGAACGAAACAAUUACGUUGCCAUUCUGCACACACAAAUGACGGAUGUGGGGGUACAGCGGGCCGAAGCGCUGGGGAUAGGCUUGGAAACCUCGGGCAAAGUAGAGGUUUGGGAAGCAUUCUCCAUGGCGACGCCUAAAUGGUACAUGAGACCACCCAAUCGGGAACCACUUGAUGUGCUGAGACGAAUCUACGAACGGGGAUUUCGAACGAUUGUGGUGACAAUGGAAUACUUCUAUCUGGAAUUACCCGCUAUUGCCGAUGCCGCGGAGGCACUGGGCAUGAACGACGGGGAGUACGUGUGGGUUUUCACUGCAACCUUUGAAAUGGAGGCCAUUUACCAUCUACAGCAAAUGUCAUCCGAAGAGUUGAAGAAACUAGGAUUGGAUUCCUUUGCCAAUGUCACCAAGCUUCUAGCAGGUUCGGCCCUGAUACAACCUGUGGAACCGCACCAGUAUCGUGGACAAGAUUCGGAUCCUUUUUGGCAUCACUGGCACAACCAAAACAUAUCCUUUGUGGAACGCCUCAAUGAACUCUAUGUCAACAAUACGCAUCACUACGACGACAACAUGAUGGAUAAACCCGCCGAAGAAGAUUUCUUUCAUACCCACAGACCUCAGACUGGAACCGCAUAUUUAGGCUUUCGGAAUACACGCUACGCCGAGACUACCACCUUGGGAGUCUUCAACUUGUAUCCUCCUGGACAAGAUGACCCAGGUAACAACAACCACGACAUGGCUAGUCGAAGCUUUGCCGAAGCGUUCGUGUUGACCGAGACAAUCCAGGCGAUAACAGGGCCUGGGGGACAAGAAAAGAUUUACGGCCAACGAAAGAAUGCAACGUGGACGCAAGUGGGACCAGAGUUCGUCUUUGCCAGUGGCAAAACUACACCUCCGCUUUUGCUCGGGGAUCUGCCCGAACAAAACUACCUAUCCAAAAGCUUGCACACCACGGGCCUUACUCUCAUGUCUAUUGCCUUGGUAGCAUGCGGGGGGUCGAUUGUAUGGAUCUUUUGCCAUUGGAACAGUCGCAUAGUGAAAGCAUCCCAACCGCACUUUCUUUGCUUGGUCUUGUUUGGUUGUAUGGUUGCCUCCUUUGCCAUCUUUGUCAUUUCUUGGGAUGAAAGCUACGGUUGGACCGUGGAGCAGCUGGACAAGGCAUGUAUGGCAAUCCCUUGGCUGUUCGCGAUGGGAUUUAUCAUCACUUACGGAGCUUUGUUCACAAAGCUUUGGAGGAUACACAAAGUCUUGCA